CCACCCGUCGACAGUCGGCAUUUGCCAGUAGACGCGAAUGGUAGUUCGUGUUGUAUGCGAGUUAAGAGUGUGAGUCAUGGAACUCACAAUUAAAAUGGCGUAGAGCCACUAUAGGUACAAUCAUGUCGCAAUCUCAUUGGUGUUUCAUUGAAAACAUUUUAAAUCAAAUUAUGUUUCAAGUGUCCUAAUCGUUGGACAUAAACGGUAUCAACGAUUAUUUAUCAUCAGUGUUAAUUUUCAAUUGGAUUAAAAUUCUUUAAAAACAAUGAGUGUAAACUAAUGUGGUUUAUGUUGGAAAUAAAUCUGCCUCUCAUGACAGCUUGACGAUCUUGCAAUGAGUCAAGAUGGCGCCACCGGCCUUUUGACAUAUCCACUUGAUCAUCAGCUGGAUUUCACAGCCUUUCUGGAUUAUUUUUGAUAUAUUAUGAGCAGAGAAUUUUACGUACCCUGCACGCCUUACGCAUAUUCGCAGUGUGGCAGUGGAACGACCGAUGGCGUUGUAGUGAGUGCAGGUGGUGGUAUGGAUUGCAUACCCCUGCGUCCAGGGCCAUUUCACUAUUUGAUAAACGAGCAGGCCAAAUCCCUGGUAGCGCUCCAGGAGCUGCAGAAUGAGGUCGGUGCUCUUCUCGAGUUUCGGGACCUUGUCAUCGAGACUUUCCCAAACCUCAGGCACAAGAUGGCGGUUUCGGCGACAACUUCUAGCUCGGCGAAUGCAUCCGUAAUGUCAUCGACGCAAAGUUCACACAUUCCCUUACCAUUGUCCAGUCCAUCAUCACGUAGAAUAAGCGAUUGGGAACCAGGAAAAGUAAGACGACGAGCGCCAAGAGAAGGUGAAACUUCAGCAACUUCAUCAUUACCACGUAGUCGUAGUAAUUCCCACAGUGGUGGUAAUAAGAAUAGUGCAACUGUUCAAGAUUCUGGCUUCAGUACGGAGACUUCUUCCAAGGAUAGUGCCUCAACGGCAAUACCAAGACCACCUAGUCCACGUCCAGUAUUGGAUGAGGCCGAAGAUGAAUUAUGGAAUCUCUUAGAUGUUAUUCAUCGAAAGGGUAUAAGACUUAGAGAGGAAGUUGAAAGUCUUCAGGGUCGUUUGGAGAGUGUAGCGUCAGAGGACUUUGGUCUCUCGGGUGAUGUUUUAGAGGCUGUGAAAAGAGUCACUGGAUCGGAGGAGGAUGAUGAUGUUAUUGACAGGAUUACGGGUGAAAAAGAUUCUGAGGUGGCUGAAUUGCAGAGAGAGAAAUUACAACUUUUGGAUAAAGUCGCAGAACUUGAAGCUGAGACAAUUUCAAGUCGAGCUCGAGCUCAGGAACUUCAAUCCGAAUUGGCGGCUCUCUCGGCUAUUAGAACUGGACUUGAGGAUCAUCUACGUGCUGGAACUUUGGAUGGAUCUUACGCGAUACAUGCGCCUGGUGCGCAGAGGAUACUACCAAUUUCACCAGUCAUUACAACAUCAUCGCCUAAAAGUAACAUUAAUAUUAGAAGCAAGGGAUCAGCUUUUGCCUCUGUAUUACCCACAAAGGCACAGAAAAAUAGGUUUAGAACAAGGACUAUAGAAAAAAAUGUUGUGGCCAAUGUGGUUGCUAGGUCUAUUGAGGACUUGAAUGUAGAAGCUAAUGUUAACGAUAGGAGAGCAAGACUGGGAGCACUGGAUUCCGUGCUCAUUUCACCCACAAGGGUGGCUAACGUUAGAGAUGUCGAUUCAAAGAAAAUCGCCGCUAUACUCAGGGAGCAUUCGCCUCUUGAAUUACAGCGGCACCUUAUCACAACAACCGUCCAUAAUCAGGCCUUACAAAAGAGACUGGACGAAGUUGAAAAAAGUACUGAAACACUCUCGGUAAGAUUAGACAAAGCCCGGGAGGAAAACGAUGAUCUUAGAUUUCAACUCGCGGAACGAAACAUCGAAUUGGAAGGAACACGAGCCAGAGUUCGUGUUCUAGAACGGUUUCAGCAACGUCCGUCCACUGAAGGUGAUUCCAAUGCCGAUACGGAAUCAGAAUUAUUGCCAAGAUGUGAGCAAAAUUGUCCCGAGCCAGGAAGUAGUACAGAAUCAUCUCGUGAUCAUCAUCAAGCUGUUGAAGUAAAGCCAUCGCCGCGUAGGCGACCUAGUCGAAUUCCUUUACUUGGUGUCGCGAAGGCAAACGCUCCUAAACCACCAACGACGACACACGGUAGAAAUGACAGUAAGGAUUCAUUAAAAUCACUCACAGCACGAGCGACGAGGGAUUCUAGUCGGGACAGUUUAACGGGGAAAAAUAUCACCAAGACACGUGACACUAGUCGCGAGUCCCUAAACAAAAGUCUAUCAAGAACGAGUAAUGGAUCGACAACUAUGGGAAUUAAGGAACCAACUGGCAAAGAUUCUCUCAAUAAAUCAUUGCCACGUAAUAAUUCCAAUAAAGAUUCAUUGAGUAAGUCGUCAAUUCUUUCAAGAACAAGAGACUCAUUGGAGUCUAAUCAUCUUGGAAGUUCUUCACCUGUGACUCCCCCACGUCGUCCAUCAGCUCCCGCACGUCGAUCUCACAGUUUGGCCCGAGCCUCAGUUGAUAAUGACACCGGCAAGGCCUAUUCUGAUGCACCAGAUUCGUGGUGCUCGACAAGUGGCAGUUUCCAUCACAGCGAUACUUCUAUAUAUCCAGAUUCAUUAAAUCAGGAAACUUCAUCGGUUACUGGAUCAACGAGAGUUGAAUUUAUUAUUGGUUCGCCAACGAGAAGAUUUCGUCCAAAUGCGCCAUGGACACCGCGUUAUUUUGAUAGUAUCGACUCAGCGGCAAUUGCACUCGAAAGUCUUAUGACCGACGAAUUUCCACCUCGACAUGGUGAAGCUUUAGCCGAAUGCGAUUCACUCGAACGUCAUCCGAUUUCUAGUGACGUGUGAAUCAAAUUUUUCUUUUUUUUGCGUCUGUACAGAAAUUUUAAUUUGAAAAUUAUAUCGAAGAGUUUUUUUUUUCUAUAAAUUUUUUUCACUCUUUUUACCUGCAAACGAAAUAAAUCUGUGUCUUGAAACUUUGAGAAACGAAAGAUUAAAUAGAAAACAAUGUCUCGAGACUAAUUUUAUGUUAAAAUUAGGAGAAAAUGGUUAUUUUUCCAAUAGAAAAAUAUAAAAUGUCGGUAAAGUAGAUUUCUGUAUUUUGAAUUUUUUUCAAGAAUUUUCGAAAUAUAUUUAAAAUAUAUUUAAAAUAUUUAAAUUAUUGAAAUAACUAUAAAUAAACAAGAAAAAAAAUGAAAAUAUGAAAAUUACAAAAUUAAAAAAAUAAUAUUUUAAAGCAGAAAAAAAUUGCAUAAAUAUUCUUCGUGAAUUAAUUUUAUCAGAUUAUUAUUAAAUAUUUAAAUAGUAAAAAAUUUUUAAUACUUUUUUUAGUCGAAUUUUAAUGAAAAACCAAAAUGGAAUUAAUUAAUUAUCAUUUUAGCGCGGAGAUUUCAAGAAUGAGUUUGCUUAGCAAACUUUCCAUUACUUGAUAUGCGAUUAAAAAAAAAAAAAUUUUUUUUAGUGAUUAAUUAACUUAAUUGUCAUUUGCGUCGUUUUUUUUUAAUAUGAACUUUUUUUUACUUCUGCAAACAUCUGAUUUAUGACUUGUGCGGAGAAAAAAAAAACCCCCAUACAAAUGUCUGAUCGAUAAAGGGAAUUAUAUUUCAGAUAGAAUUUCAACCGCAGAAAUAAUAUUCUAUUUUUCUUCAUUGACUUUUUGGAUUUUAAUAAUAAAUUCUAUGUCAUAUUUUUAUAGUAUCUUAAUUGAAAAAUUAAAAAAAAUAUAUCAAUUGAAAAUUAAAAACAAAAAUAAAUUUUUUGGUAAAAUAAAAAUUUAAUUAUUUAAAAAAAAAUUUUUUUUAAUAAUUUUUGAAUAAUUGACGUAGAUAAAAAAAAACCCUUUAAGUAACUGAAGAGAAUUUUUUUCUAUAUGAAUAGAGAGAAAAAAAAGUUAAAUAUCAGUUGAAAACAAAAAGAAAAAUUAAAAAAAUAUUCAUUCCAUGUUAAAAAAAAAAAUUUAAACAAGUAUUGCAUUCCAAGAAGCAUUUCUUGUAUUACCUGCGUAAAAAAGAGAAUUGUGAUUUUAUUGUUUUAAUAAUUUUAUUGUAUAAAAGUAUCUAAUAUAUUGUAGGAUCGAUAAAGAAAUUUUAAAAAACCAAAAUUUUCUCUAAAUGUUGAGUUUAAAAAUCUCUUUCAUUUCUUUUUUUUUUUAAAUAGUUAAGUGUGUUUGUGUGUUAUUUCACCGAUAUUGAUGCUUUGCUUUUAAAUAUUUUUACGUUAUUUGUUGAAAAAAAAGAAUCUCUAUUAAGUGAUUAUUUUGUUAAUUAAAAUUUUAUUACGGCUUCGUAAUUUUAUAGAAAUACAAAAGAAAAAGAAAUUAACAUAUCAUGUGGACAAGUUAGAAUUUUUUUUUUAUUUUAUUCGAUAAACAUUAUUCGAAUAUUUUUUACUUUUUUUUUUUUUAGAAAAUCGUGUUGUUUGUAUAUUUUUAUUGCACCCUAAUUCGUUAAUUCUCUUUUUAAAUAUAAAUAUAGGUAAAAUAUUAUAUUUUUAAAAAUUCUUUUAUUGUGACUGUGAUUUCUUCUAAUUUCGACAUUUCGUUUAAAUACAAGUCGAAACAUUUCGAUUUAAUCUCUUAGAAAUAUUUUUUUUUAAUUUUCACUUAUAUUUCUUCAAUUUUUUUAUGUAAAUUUUUUAUCUAACAAGAAUAAAAUCACAUGAACAAUCAAAAAUGAAAGAAAAAUGAUUUGCGAUUUUUCUGAAAACUAGAAUUAAAAAAAAAUACGUAAAAAAAACAAAUAUUAAAUCUAUCAAUUAUUAUAGUAAUUUUGUUAUUUAUAUUUUUCAAGUGCGAGAAUUUGAGAAUAUAAUUUAAAUGUUUUUAAUGAAAAAAUUAUUUUUUGUUGCAAAAAAAUAAUAUAGAAAAUGUAAAUCACAAAUUCUGAAAUUCAGGAAAUGUAAAUAAAUUUGUACAGUUUGUUUUCUCGAUAAAAAAUUGUUUUUUUUUUGUAAAAUUUUCCCGCAAAACGAUCGAAAAAAAAUUAUUUUGCGCUUCUAUAAUAAUUAUAAAAUUGCAAACUUGUGAUUAACGUAGAUAAGUUAAAUAGAACUGAAGGACAUUACUUAUUGCGUUAGUGCCUCUCAUCUUUAACGCUGUGUAAACCAAACUGUAAAGCAGAUGACGUACCAGUGGUUUUUUUUUUGCGUCCUGCUUUCUUUCUUUCUUUUAUUAUUUUUUCUUUUUUUGCUACAUAAGGAAUCGACACAAAGAAAAAAAAUGCUCACAUAUUAUAAUUCAUGCAGUCGGUGGACUCUAGUGCCCCUGCAGCGUAUUUGCUGCCUGCUGGAGGCUAUUAUUUUUAUACAAUUAAUAUUAUCAUGUAAGACUUAAAAAAUUAUCGAGAAAGCAACAGGUGAGAGUGAAGAAAAAAUAAAAAAUGCUUUGCAAACCUAUAUUGGUUUCAUUUAAGCGACGAUUGUAGAAUUGUCAUCCAUAGUGUCGUAUAUUCUAGACACUUUAGAAUUAAAAUUAUAUUUUUAUUGUUUGAUUGUUAAUUUCAGCUAAACAAUCAUAAAUAUAUACAUAUAUAUAUAUAUAAAAUUUGUACAUAUAUAAAUGAGCAGCGAUGCAAUUUUAAUUGUAAAUAGAAAUUGUACCUAUGUAUAACGAAAAUGCGAUACCGUGAUACACAUAAAUUACAAUAAAGUAAAAUUAUGCAAAAA